AUGAAUGCUCUCUUGUGGAGUGAAACUUCUGAUAUCCUGCAUUCCUUAUGUGGACGUUCAGAAUGUCAUUUGGGUCAAGACUUUUUGCCUCGUGGAUCUGGGAUUGUUACUCGACAACCUCUUGUUUUACUGCUCCAAAGGUUUGAUGAAGGAACAGAAUAUGUGGAAUUUUCUCAUGCCCCAAGAAAGAGUGUAUCCCAGUGUAGUGCUAGCCCUAUCUAUUCCCUCUAUGGUUCAUAUGCAUCUGAGAUCGCUGAUGAGACAGAUAGAGAAACAGGCAGCACUAAACAAAUUUCCAGUGUUCCAAUCUACCUUAGUAUUUAUACCCCUAAUGGUGAUAUAGAUUUGGUGCUCAUUUUCGUUUUGCAAUCUAAUUGUCUGUGCGUGGAAAAUAGUUUGUUAAAUGGAAUUUUCCUCCAUGAGCUGCUUAGUGCUGUACAGCCUCAAGUGGUCAAUCGGAGUCAUGUUACAAAAGGAGAAAAGGGUACUGUAUCCACUAAAGUGGAUAGCACAUGGUUCAACUGUUGCACUCUAGUGGCAUCGCCCUCUUUCACAGAUGUGAAGUCCUUUGCAAACUCUAUUUAUCGGCUUUUACUUCCUUUGGAUGGUGCUCAUGCUGCCUUCUGUGAAAAAGUUGCUGCAGCUAUGUCCAAGGUCUUCAACAAUGCAUUGAAACAGGUAUUGCAGAGGUCUGUACUUCAAGAUUUUGUAGCUUAUCCUCAGAGCAAAGGCUCUCAGCUGAACAAAAGAGUAAAAAAAUAUCAAUCAUCUUCUGAUGGCGUCGCUCCUGAUCAUCGACCUACCAAUGCCUACACAAGAGUUACUAGAGUAGUUUGUGUCAUAGUUCACCAUCUAGCUUGUACAAGCUCCUUCAAUGCCUUCUGA